GGGUUGAGAGGGCCACCUUGAUCUCGAAUGAGAAACAGAAACUCUCCUUCCCCGCCUCCCCCAGGGGCUGGGUCCUAGCCGCCCGCGUGCGCCCGAUUCGGGCACUGCCCACCCCUUCCCUUCCCGCAGGAAGGCGAAGCCUGCAGCUGGGAAGGGGCGUCCCCUCCCCUCUGCUGCAGGGUGCGCGCGUGCACGCGAGGUUCGGCGGCUGGUGUGCGCGUGCAGGUUGUCUCAAAGCCGCAGGGAAGAUGGUGGAAAAUUCACCGUCGCCAUUGCCAGAAAGAGCGAUUUAUGGCUUUGUUCUUUUCUUAAGCUCCCAGUUUGGCUUCAUACUGUACCUCGUGUGGGCUUUCAUUCCCGAAUCUUGGCUGAAUGCCUUGAGCUUGACCUAUUGGCCUCAAAAGUACUGGGCGGUGGCGCUGCCCGUCUACCUGCUCAUCACUAUCGUCAUCGGGUACGUGCUCUUGUUUGGGGUGAACAUGAUGGACACCUCGCCCCUCAACUCCAUUCACACGGUCACAGACAACUACGCCAAAAACCAGCAGCAGAAGGCGUACCAGGAGGAGGCCAUCCCGGCUCUGAGAGAUAUCCCUAUUGGUGAAGUAAACCAAAUGUUCUUCCUUAGGACCAAGGAACUCCACACCCAAAGCUGAUGGUGUGUAUUAGAGACUACCUUCAAACAUUUAUUAUGAUAAGUUUCUACAAAAUAAUGUCAACCAUAGUUCUCUCUCUUCUUAACACCCGGUAUUGAAAUAUUUUGAAAAAUGUCAAGUUGAACUUCUCCUCGGUUAAGUUCUACUAAUAUUGUUCUCAGAGAUCAGUCAUGAAUGGACAGAGUAAAUAAAACACCACAGGACCACGUAUA